AUGAACAGACUGUCGGAGAGCUUCGCAUCCCAGAAAGACUGCCUGCAGCACUACCAUCAACUGGAUGUCAACGCCACGCAGUUCGAUGGAGUUAGGUGCAGAGCUUCAUAUGACGGCUUCCUGUGCUGGCCCCCCUCGCCCCCCGCUCUGCACAGGCUCCCAUGCCCCCAAAUCAAGGGGGCAGACCCAUCCAAAUUGCAGGUGAAUCCUGUCAUGGACGACCUGCACUCCAACAGCCCUGAGGAAGCCAUGUUCAAGAUUGAGAUCGCGAGGACAAGUCGAGUGAUCGAGAUGGUGGGGCUGGUCAUCUCCAUGCUCGCCAUCCUCACCUCUAUCAUUAUUUUCUGCUACUUCAGGUCGCUACGCAACAACAGGACGCGGAUGCAUCUCAACCUGUUCGGUGCCAUGAUGAUACAGAUAACUGUGCGUCUGACGCUCUACACUGAUCAGUAUGUGACGCGUGACACCCCUGGGCAACAGGGCAUCGACAACACUGCGAUGUUAUGCGAGAGUUUCUACAUCCUCCUGGAGUACGCGCGCACGGCGAUGUUCCUUUGGAUGUUCAUAGAGGGCCACUACCUUCACUCCAUGCUCACCAUCACCGUCUUCAGCGACCGUCCAAACUUCAUUUUUUACUACGUCCUGGGCUGGGGACUGCCUGUCGUGAUGACGGCCGUGUGGGCGGCCGUGACCGUCACUCAUCACUCCACCACGCAAUGCAUGUGGGGCUACAGUCUAAGCCCAUAUUUUUGGAUUCUGGAAGGCCCGCGUCUCGCCAUAAUUCUGACGAACCUGCUGUUCCUACUCAACAUCCUGCGGGUACUCAUCACGAAACUGAAGGCGAGCGUGUCUACGGAGACGCAGCAAGUCAAGAAAGCGGUGCGUGCAGCAAUAGUGCUGCUGCCGCUGCUGGGCAUCACUAACAGCCUGCAGAUGGUGUCAUCACUACUGGACCAGCGGGCCUGGACCUUCGCAGCCUGGAGCUACUUCAACACAAUCCUUACUUCCUUCCAGGGCUUCUUCGUGGCGCUCAUCUACUGCUUCCUCAACCAAGAGGUGCGCAUCACACUGCGCAAGUUCAGCACUAACUACUCGCACAGUCGCAGUCUCUUCAAGUCAUCCCGACGCUUCUCUAUGUCCACCAACGUACAGAGCGAGGCCAUACCUAUGACAGCGACGGUGAAGGCGCCUGUCUUGGCCGUGAUUUGCGAAGACUCUUCGGAAAAGGAAGCGACACCUGUCACAGUCCCUCUGGUGUCACACACCAGUGACACCCAAGUUAAUUAUGAAUCACCAGGUCUUUUUGCAUCCAGAAGUUUCGGAAAUGAGACAAGCUCGUCGCGUCCUCCAGAGACACACGCCGCAGAUCUCAACGACGUUCGAAAUCCUGGAGUCGGCGCCUAUCAGAGCGUUCGAUAUUCAAAUUUGAAGGAUGGCUCAGAGAUGAUCUCGGGGUCUCCGCGAGGGGAAGAACGGCAAAAUAAUUUUGAUAGUGUCUUGAACAGUAAAACAAACACCGAGUAUGAUAAUACGUGCAUAAAUAAGGAAGAGUAUGAUAGCUUGGACAUGACGAGUACAGCCAACCACCAUCAUCUAUAUUCGUUUAGUGACAACGAUUGUCAGAGACUCACAGGAGACGCACACCCGCAGCCGAAUAUACUCCACAAUACACAUCCAGUUGAACGGAAUAGCGAAGUGUCUGCUGAGAGAUUUACCCCGGCAAUCCGGUUCUCAUGUGAUAAUUUUAUCGACGGCACGAACAUUAAUCCGUUAGCUCAAAACAACAUCGCUCGCAUAGAUGCUCGUAAAAACGACGCAUUAUUCAUUAAUCCUUCAGUGGAUUCUGCUAGGAAUCUCACUUCAAUUUUACCUGUCACUUCACCGAUAUCCAAAUUCGAGAGAUCAACAAGAGAUUUAGAUUGCGCUCCAAAAUAUCUUGGAAAACAAGACUUCUCGAGAGACGCGCUCUCGGAGUUUCCGCAACGCCAGCAGUCAGAUUCAGCAGUGAAUUUGAUGUCAACAAUUGAGCUGCCUGAUGCCCCGACGAAAUUAAGAAACCAAAGUCAACUUGAGCGAAAAGAUUCCGACCUCCUAAGCCAUACUUCGAACGUUAAUUCAUUGUGACACCGAGAAGAAAAUACAUCGAAACGACGAAGCAUGUAAAUUUGAAACGCGUGUUGCAUUAAUUAGCUUAAAAUAAUGUUUUUUUCAACCACCAAAGUUGUUUGUGAAAAAACUUAUUGAGAAAAAACUUGUUGGAAGAACGUAUUUUAAA